AUGACCUUCACGGACUACUUUGAAGACCUGAAGCUGGUACCUCACGCCUUUUUGUUCCUCAACCUGAUCGGAGCCGCCGUGCCAAGCCGUUUCCAAAAAACUGCCCUAGUGUCAUUUCAUGGCAUAUACGCGGCUUUUCUGUUGAUCAGCCCCAAUUGUCUGUACGGUCCGAAGACUCAGGACCAUUUGGACGCGGUCCACGUGUUCUUGGCUAGGUUUCUGGGAGCUUAUCAGGUAAGAUAGGGGCUUUAGAUAAGUGAAAUUGUUGGGUUUAAGGCUUAAAAUGGCAAGAACUUUUUUUACAAAACAAAAAAUAGCAAUAACUUUGUUUACAGAACAGAGAGUUUUAAUUUUUCGUAUAACGUGUCUCCCGCAGGUUGCGAAAGGCAAAAGUCAAAUCAUUUUUUUUCCAAAUGGCAAAAACUUUCUUUACAAUACAGAAAAUGGCAAGAACUUUCUUUACAAAACAUGAAACGGCAAGAACUUUGUUGACAAAACAGAAAAUGGCAAGAACUUUCUUUAAAAAUCAAAAAAUGGCAAUAACUUUCUUUACAAAACAAAAAAUGGCAAUAAUUUUUUUUACAAACCAUUGAAAUUACAAAAACUUUCUUUACAACCCAUUAAAAUUACAAAAACUUUCUUUCCAGCUCGGCUUCGCCUUCUUCCACUACCAAACCCGUCACGAUAUCUACCGUAACGAAGCGGCGGUCGCCCUCUCCAAGGCUAUCACCUCUGGCCUAGUCUUCUUCCUGGAGCUGAAGUCGGCUCAACGGCCGAACCUGGAGCGUGGCGUCCACCUCGAAUCCUACACCUUUCUGGUCGCUUUGAUUUUGGUCGAUUUCACUUGGUUUGUGGUCGAAACAAUGAAGUACUUCAAAUUGGUCUGGAAUACCGUACCCACCGACGAGGUGGAUAUCAUUUGCAAAAGAACGACCAGGGCGAUUCAGGACGGUGAAAGAACGUUCUCGAUUCAACAUUUUUUGUGGGCUGAUGCUGUCAUUUCGUUCCUGUACGCUGUAGCAUCGAUCGGAAGCAGUGAAUACUUGUACGAGAAUGUGGUAUGUUACAGUAGGCUUUGUAAAUAUAGAGCUCUAUAGAGGCUGGGUAAGGUAUAAUAGUGUAGGUAGCGUAAAUUGGGGUUAGACUAGGGUACGGUAGGGUUAGGUAGGGUAGGGUAGGGUAGAGUGAAAAUGUUUUAAUUUUUAAAAUUAAAAAAAAUUAUUUUAGAUCAAGCACGAGAUCAAACUGGAUUCCCUUCACCGUAUUUUGACUCACGAGUUUGGCUAUUAUGCUUUGGGUUCAGGAAUAACAUCACUUUUGGCCGCUCAAUUCUCAUCGGUUCAAAUCAAGCACUAUGCUUGUCAGAGAGUUUUGGUAAGGAAGAAACUUUGUUUACAAAAUUGAAUGACAAAAAAGCUAAAUUUAAUUUUUUUAACGUUAAAAAGUUCAAAAAACUUCAAAAAUUUUUAAUUUUUUGCACGUUGCAAACUUUAAUUUUGCUUGCACGGUGCAGUGAUUUUUUAAAAUUUUACUAUAAUUUUAUUUUUAACAAAAAAGUUUUAAAAAAUGUUUUGUUAGCUUUUUAUGGGCAUAGGCUAAAUGUUGAGAUAACGUUUGUUACCUAAAAUACGGCAAAAAUUUUUUAGCGCAAAAAAUAAAAAUGUUUGCACUGUGCAAACAAUUCUAUUGAUUGCACGGUGCAGAAAAAUAGUUUUUGAGUAAAAAAUGAGUUUUGAAAUUAAAAAAAUUUUUUUUAUUGUUUUAAAAUGGCAUAACAUUUAUUUUUUUUAUUUAUUUUUAAUUUUAAAAUUAAAAAAAAUUUUUUAAUUUUGAAAUUUCAAAAUUUUUAAUAAAAUUUUAAUUUCAGACCCAAUUCCUGAUCGUAGCCAUCCACGCUUCGGGCUAUUUCCACUUUUACUACCACGCCGUGUUCUCGCCGCUGAUCGUCGCGUUGGUUGCGAUCGUUCCCAUCGCCGUCGCCAGCGACAAGAUUAAACGUCAGGACCAGGGGAUCGGCGACGCAAAUGGUACAAUUAAAGAGUAUUCGUUUCGAAAAACUGUCAAAACCAACUGA